AUGCUGCAGGGAUUGGUCUUGAAUUCAAUUCACUUUGGAGAUGUUACAUUUAGACCCGAUGGCGUAUACAAGUCUCCCAUGGAGGCCAGUGAGCAUGAAAUCUAUGAUUAUGUCAUUUGUACCAAUAAGGCAUUGGAUCCAUCUGCCCUGCCGGGAACUUUAGCUCCAGUAGUGACACCUGAGGUGACGACAAUAGUCCUAAUUCAGAAUGGUGUUGGCUCAGAGAUUUAUUUAACAGAGGCUUUCUCAAAGAAUACUGUCAUCACUUGUGUUACUUGGGUUGGUGCAAAGCAAGACUCGCCUGGUGUUAUUGAGCAUAAUAACGGAGAUCAGAUUACAAUGGGUGUGGCCUGGAACAAAAACUUGGACAGGAUUGUUGAAGAAAAGAAGGUUGAGACCUUUGCCACCAUCUUGCGAAAUGGUGGAACGGGUGUUCAAGUUGAUGAUGACAUUAUUGCUCGAAGAUGGGAAAAGGUUGUUUGGAAUGCUGCCUGGAACUCGUUCACAGCCUUGACAAUGCUAAAUACGCAACAGUUCCUAAAUUCAAGUGAAGAAGCUAUUGUCAUCAGCAGAAGAUUGAUGACCGAGAUCAUUGAUGUAGCCAAGGCUCAAGGAAUAGGGCUUGAGUACAAACUUGUUGACGAACUUAUUGACAAGACUUUGAAGUCUCAUGGCCUUGUAUCAAGUAUGAUGAUGGACCUAAAGAACAACAGACCUAUGGAAGUUGAGGGUAUUUUAGGUAACCCAAUGCGUGCCGCAAGAAAGUUUGGUGUUGCUACUCCGACUUUAGAUCUUGCUUAUGUAUUGGUAAAGGCUCAAAACUGGAGAGUUACCAACCCAUCUAAAGUGUAG